GAUCCCACCACCCCAUCUCGAUGUGUCCAUCAAAGAACACCCAUCAUGUGGAUCCCACGGUAUCCUCUAUCGCACCUCAGCCCGGUUUCACAUCAUUUAAGAGCUCCAUCGUGAAUUCCUCAUCCCAACAAAGCAUCCCAGCCCGGUUCUCCUCUUCCCGAAAAGGACUCCAAUACAGCCCAACCGAAGCAAUUGAAGACAUUCCAGCCUGCAGCCGGUUCUCCCCGAUUCAGCCAACGAAGGAUAUUCGAAAUGAUGCUGUGAAGAGUCCCCGUUUUCCAUCGGGAUUUCCCUUGCAGUUCCAGCCGAAGAAGAUGAAGAGGAAGUUCAGCCUUUUUCCUCCUUUCCCGAAGCAAGAACCCAGCCGGUUCUUCUCCCAGGUUCUUCCCUUCCCGCAGAAGCUCCCAAACCGAAGAAAACCCACCCGGUUCCAAGCCCUCCAGCCGUUCCUUGAAGAAUCCCAAGAGGCAUCCCGUUCUUCUUCCCAAAGCAUUUCAAGCUCCAAGUCUUCUCCCCAGGUGGCUCUUUCCAACAUUCCAAAGUCAGCCACGUCUUCAUUAAAAUCCCAUCACAAGAUGUGCAACCGGCUUCUUCCCAAGAUCUACUCGGAGUCCACCGUGUGCCGAGACGAAAGGCGGCCCGUUCGACGAUCCCGGAUCUCAGGGCCUUCCUCCCUCUUCCAGGAUUCCAAGCGUCGUGUCGGUGAGAAUCUUUCCACUUUUAUCAGGAGUAGAUCGUUAUUGGUAAUCAUGUGACAAAAAGCCCUAUUUUAUGCUUAACCCGGUAUAAUUUAAAAGUUAGAUCGAGGUGCCUUAAUUUUGUGUCGAUUUCUUAAUCGACACCGGUCCAUAUUUUCUUAA